UCAGGGCCCCGCGCAGAGGCUGGCGAGCAGAGAGCGGGCUGCUGCGGUGGCUGCGGACCCGCUGGGAGGCCGAAAGUUUCUCUGCUCGCCUUGUCCAGCGAUCCAGAGCCGCGAGCUGCUGCCCGCGUCGCAGGGACCUACCCGGCACCCCAGCUCUGGAGCAAGGGAGACUGGAGCACACCGCAAAAGACGCCGGAAAAAAAAAGAAAAAAAGAAAAAGAAGAACAUCCUAAACCAGCCCCGAGGCUCAGGGCGAAGGUCCAUGGUUCUCCCAGGCUCUGCAAGAGUUUUGCUAUGACUGCAGCCCCCUCGCGGAGCCAGCGUCACCCCUCGCUGCCACCGCCGCAACAGGCCCCCGCCCCGCCCUGCCCGUCCCUGGCCCCGGGUCACCAUGGGCAGCGUCAGCAGCCUUAUCUCCGGCCACAGCUUCCACAGCAAGCACUGCCGGGCCUCGCAGUACAAGCUGCGCAAGUCCUCCCACCUCAAGAAGCUCAACCGGUACUCUGAUGGGCUGCUGAGAUUCGGCUUCUCCCAGGACUCCAGUCACGGCAAGUCCAGCUCCAAAAUGGGCAAGAGCGAGGACUUUUUCUACAUCAAGGUCAGCCAGAAGGCCCGGGGCUCCCACCGCCCAGAUUACACGGCACUGUCCAGUGGGGACAUCGGGGGCCAGGCUGGGGUGGACUUUGACCCAUCCACUCCACCCAAGCUCAUGCCCUUCUCCAAUCAGCUAGAAAUGGGCUCAGACAAGGGGGCAGUGAGGCCCACGGCCUUCAAACCCGUGCUGCCGCGUUCGGGAACCGUCCUCCACUCCUCCCCCGAGAGUGCCAGCCACCAGCUGCACCUGGCCCCUCCGGACAAGCCCAAGGAGCAGGAGCUGAAGCCGGGCCUGUGCUCUGGGGCGCUGUCCGACUCGGGCCGGAACUCCAUGUCCAGCCUGCCCACGCACAGCACCAGCAGCAGCUACCAGCUGGACCCGCUGGUCAUGCCCGUGGGGCCCACCAGCCGUUUCGGGGGCUCGGCACACAACAUCACGCAGGGCAUCAUCCUGCAGGACAGCAACAUGAUGAGCCUGAAGGCUCUGUCGUUCUCCGACGGGGGCAGCAAGCUGGCCCACCCAGCCAAGGCGGACAAGAGCUCCUCGUGCGUGCGCUCCCCCAUCUCCACGGACGAGUGCACGGUCCAGGAGCUGGAGCAGAAGCUGCGGCAGAGGGAGGGCGCGCUGCAGAAGCUGCAGCGCAGCUUUGAGGAGAAGGAGUUCGCCUCGGGCCCGGCCUCAGAGGAGCGCGCCCGGCGCAGCAGGGACGGCAGCAGGGACGAUCCGGAGGGCCCCGAGCCCAAGAGCAGCAGCAAGCUGAAGCAGGCCUCGCAGAAGAACCAGCGCACGCAGCAAGUGCUGCACCUGCAGGUGCUGCAGCUGCAGCAGGAGAAGUGGCAGCUGCGGCAGGAGCUCGAGAGCCUCAUGAAGGAGCAGGACCUACUGGAGACCAAGCUCAGGUCCUACGAGCGCGAGAAGACCAACUUGGCCCCGGCACUGGAGGAGACCCAGUGGGAGGUGUGCCAGAAGUCAGGUGAGAUCUCCCUCCUCAAACAGCAGCUCAAGGAGUCGCAGACGGAGGUGAACGCCAAGGCCAGCGAGAUCCUCAGUCUGAAGGCGCAGCUGAAGGACGCGAGGGGCCGGCUGGAGGGCAUGGAGCUGAAGACCCAGGACCUGGAGAGCGCCCUGCGCACCAAGGGCCUGGAGCUGGAGGUCUGCGAGAACGAGCUGCAGCGCAAGAAGAACGAGUCAGAGCUGCUUCGCGAGAAGGUGAACCUGCUGGAGCAGGAGCUGCUGGAGCUGCGCGCGCAGGCGGCCCUGCAGCGGGAGAGCGCCGCCCUGGGCCCGGCGGUCACGCCCACCUUCUCGGAGGACAUCCCCGCCCUGCAGCGGGAGCUGGAGCGGCUGCGGGCAGAGCUGAAGGAGGAGAGGCAAGGCCACGACCAGAUGUCCUCGGGCUUCCAGCAGGAGCGGCAGGUGUGGAAGGAGGAGAAGGAGAAGGUGAUCCAGUACCAGAAGCAACUGCAGCAGAGCUACCUGGCCAUGUACCAGCGCAACCAGCGCCUGGAGAAGGCCCUGCAGCAGCUGGCUCGCGGGGACGGGGCUGGGGAGCCCCUUGAGAUUGACCUGGAAGGAGCUGACAUCCCCUACGAGGACAUCAUAGCCACUGAGAUCUGAGGGACCAGCCUGGGGAGACAGAGCUGGGGACCUGGUACCCGGAGGCAAGGGCCCCCCCCUGUUCAAGGAGAGCCCCCCUCCCUUCUCAGCUGCUCAGCAACUCGGGCCUCUCUGAGAGAAGCCACCUCCUAGACACAGGUCCAGGAGCCACAGGUGGUGGGCAGGGGUCAGGAUGAGACUUCUUCCCCUUCUCCUCCCUGUUCCAGCCUCACCAACCACCACCUCAAGCUCUGAUCAGCGACCCCCAGCUCUCCCGGUGAUGGGUACAGGGAUCCCCGUGCACUGGUUCAGGGCUCCCUAAACCUUGGCCUUUGUUCAAAACAGUGAAGUAGGUGACUGCUGGGAAGCCCCAGUGGCCACUCCAGGGACAGAAGCUCCCUUCCAGUUCUUAUCCCCAAGCCUGUCUAAUCCCCUGGACAUCAGGAGGCCUCGGGAAUAGAAAGAGGCCAUGUAUGACCAGAAGCCUUGGAAUCUCAUCAGCUGAGCUGCUCUUCUCUGGCCCCUGAGGUGCAGGGGUUGGGGUGGGGGGGUGGAGAACCCACAGCCCAUCAUCAAGCCUCGGAAGGGAGCAGAUGCUGGGCACCUUGGCUGUGUGGAGCCUCCGUGAGACCUGCAGAGGUCUGGGGUCUGGGAAGCUGAACAGUGAGAACCAGUGGCAGAUAAUGGGGUGCAGCGUCCAACUGGAGUUACACAGCCUUUGAACAGCUGGUGGCCUUUGACCUCAGUGACAUUCUUCCUAAAGCCAUAGACACUGAGACUCUGGGAUGGGUGUUGGGAAAGGGACACGGAGGGUUUGGCCUUCACCUAUACCAGGAGUACCUCCCGAUCUUUCCAGUUGAAACUGAGACGGAGAAGUCCCUGACCGGGUCAGAGUUGGCCGGUGGCCCCUCUGCAAGGAUUUCCCUUCCCAGGCAUCAAAUUUGGCUUGGAUCCAAACGUAACCCAUCUACUCAGAUGGUACACCUGCAAUCUGGGCAUCUCCCUUUUCUGCCCAUUAGCCCCAUUCAGGGGCAUCUCUUCCCUCUUAGCAUCUGUGGUGCUACGUUCUGAGUCUUCACAGGGUGGAAUGGUCCACAGAGUGCUGCCAGGCCGGAGCCCCAGCAGGGAGGGUAGUGAGGACAUAGGACAGGGGACACACACAGCCUUCUGAACAAACAGCCUCAGGCCACCUGCUGCUCCCCCCCACCUCCUCAGCCUCACAGGAGCCUCAGGCUGUAACGAAUCUGCAGCCUUCCUCAGGGGCACUGUGGGCGGCUGGGGUUUGUCUUUUGAAGAUGUCCAGAGAUGGGUGAAGAGAGCAGUUGCUUGGUUCAGGGAAUUUUCUUUCUUUCUUCUUCUUCUUUUCUUUUUUUCCUCCCCCUUUCUUGUCUUUUCAGAAACAAGCCAGAUCUAGCAGCCGGCCAGGCUGCUCCAUCUAUUUUUGCUCCUAACCACAGCUGCUGUUGGUAGGAAAGCCAGCCCUUGCUGGGUGCCUGUGACUCUGCCUGUCUGCUGAGAGGGGCCGCGGUGUAGGUUGGGAGAGUCUGGGUUCUUGACAGUCUGGGAGCAAUCCCCCAGUGCCGCUUCCUGGACGCUGGCCUGAGAGGUCUGGGGUGGGAGUGGGGGCUGCUUCCCUUGCACCACAUCCAGCACUAGGGGUGGCUGGGGGCAGGGCACCAUCCCUGUGGCUAGCUAGCGCUGCCUUCCGUUCCCUGGGUAACUGUGCCUGUCCUGUGUCCUCGCCUGACAGGGGCGGUCCUCUGGAAUGUCAAACCAUUGCUCUUAGCCACAGACUGGACUUGAAGCUGGGAUGGACAUGCCCAGAACCGCCUCCCUCCCUGAGGGCAGUACCCUCCACGGGCACAGUUUAGACCUGGUUAAAGACGCCCCAUGCUUGGUCCCAUGGCCGUUGGUUCCUCCAUUUCCACCAGCCUGUGCCUUGAGUCCUUUCUCCCAGUGAGAAUACGCCACAGAGAGAGAGGAGGAGACUGGUUGCCCCACCCCCCACCCCAGCAGCCAGAAGCCUAGUGCUCUGCCCUCAGGACCUGGCCUGAGCAGAGGUGAUGAGGAUGAAGAGGUGAUGUCCCCAGGACAGGCCCUCGGGAACAAAGCCUGCUCUCCACCUCAGUGUGUGUGCCCCCACUCACAGGGACCUCCAUCUUCCCCCUGUCCCUGCCCAUCCCAUCCCAGACACAUCCACCCAGGCCUUGCCCAGCAUCCAAGAUGGCAGGAGCUGUUCCUGGGCUGCCACUAGCCCAAGGCCCCAGGGCAGCCUAAGGUUGCACCUGACACAAGUGAGCUGUAACCUAGCAACCGGGCCUUCCGGUGGGUUUCUUCCCUUUCCUGUUGAAAGGCACCUUUGCCACUCUUGGGCCCCGCCCCGCCCAGCCUCUCAGAGGGAGGCUCUGAACAGCAAGGUUGAGCAGGAACUGGGGAGUGCAGGCUCAGGGCUGAUGCCCCGGGCCAGCUUGCUCACUCAGACCUGCUCUGCGCCCGCAAAGCUGCCUGGCUUGACGAUGCUCCAGCUCUCUGCAGAGAGAGGUCAUUCCACACCACCCACCAAGGAGGGACGCCUCACA